AUGGCUUCUGAGGUGUCUGUGCCAAGUCAACCCCCCACCGGCAAGAUCGACUUGUCGAAAAAGCUCUCGGAGCUUCGAGCGAGUAAUCGCAAAUCUCAAUCGGCGCCGUCUAGAGAACCAGCCCCCGUCACCCCGCCUCUCACGAAUCCGCCCGAUCUAUCAUCCCAUCAGUAUGCACGACCGGUGCGUCGGAUCCUAUCGAAGCAUGAUCACGAUCUUUUUCUCUCCUCGCCCACUUAUACCCUAAUUCUUGCUUUUAUCUUCGGUCUUUCCGACUCCGUGCGUGGACGGGCCGCAACCGAUCUCAACCGCCAAACACCCUCUCCCAAUAUCUUGAAGAUCCAGUCGGUCGUGAAUAGUGUCCACGCGCUCCUAGAACGACAUCCCUCCAUCGAUCAGGGCGGCUCGAGAUUCGGCAACCCCGCUUUCCGCGAUCUGUUUGACGAUGUGGCUGCGCAAUGCGCCACCUGGCACCGGGAUAUCCUGGGAAUGCAAGAUGCGGCCGCCAUCGAAGAAGCGUCAACAUACCUGAUUCACUCGCUGGGCUCGCGGGAUCGACUAGAUUACGGGUCCGGUCACGAGUUGAACUUCCUGAUGUGGCUCUUGUGCCUUCGCCAGAUGUCGAUCUUCUCGAGACCAGACUUUCCCCUGAUCGUCUUCCAAGUCUACGUCAACUACAUGCAUCUGAUGCGCCAGGUGCAAGCCACAUACUAUCUCGAACCCGCCGGCUCCCACGGUGUCUGGGGCUUAGAUGACUACCAUUUCCUCCCUUUCCUGUUCGGCGCUUCGCAGCUCGUCGGCCACCCUUACAUCACGCCCUUGGGAAUCCACAACACGGCUAUUCUCGACGAGGAAGGCGACCAGUACAUUUAUCUGGACCAGGUGCGAUGGGUGGAUAGCGUGAAAAACGUCAAGGGGCUGCGGUGGCAUAGUCCGAUGCUGGACGAUAUCUCGGGGGCCAAGAACUGGACCAAGAUCGAAGGUGGCAUGAAAAAGAUGUUCGUCAAAGAGGUCCUGGGCAAGCUGCCCAUUAUGCAGCAUUUCCUGUUCGGUAGCCUUUUGCCGGCCGCCGAGGGCAUGGGAGAGAUGACCGAGGACAUGCUGGACGAACAUGACCAUGACCAUGGCAAUGAUCACGCCCAUGCUCAGCAUACUGACCACUUUGGCGAUUGCUGCGGCAUCAAGGUACCCAGCUCGGUGGCGGCGGGCGAGGAGAUGCGGAAACGCAUCGGGGGGACGGGGUUGCGACCAAUUCCAUUUGACUAG